CAGAAUCAUCGAUAUCCUAUUUCAGACUUUACAUCAAGAGUCUCGAACAGCUUACCUCAUACUUUGACCAUACAUCCACAUUCACUCGAGGCCAACACUAUCACCAUGUCUUCACCAGCUACUCAAUACGUCUACAUUCCCAACCUCGUCGGCCGCCAAAUGCUACGUAUCGCCAUUGACGAAGUCGAAGCUGAGGGUCAAAUCAUCUCAUCGACAAUGACUCAGACUACCCCACAAACGUCAAGCUACAUCCGCGACUCCUCGCCAUCACCUAGCGUCGAGAGCGUUGAGGAAACCGAGUGAUGAGAACAUACCUUAUCUGGGAUGAAAAAACCGAGCGAGGACGAAGGAAAGGGAACUCUCCACGGACACUAAAUUGUUGCCCAUUUGGAUUGGCAGACCUCAUGCCAAGCACAUCGAGCCGAGUCGACCAUUGAGGUUGACAUUAUGAAAUUCACCUCUGGACACGAUUGUGACACACCGCCUAUAGGCCAAGCCGCGAGAGCCGCACGACAGGAUUUAGAUCUUCAAGAAGUCAAGAAGGAGAUGAUGGAAGAUGUGGGGCAAUAAUCGUGAAGGGGAUCUUUGCUUGGAAAGGGCCGAAGGAAGCUUGGGAGGAUCACGAUCAUGCCAUUCGAUCGGAUGAGAGAAAAGAGAUGAU